GACUUCGCCAUACAUAUCGAUUGUGCUUUCCUGCCAAAACGUUUGUUAAUCCAACAUGCUACAAAUGCCGUUUUCAGCCAUACCCAUCCACUCACCCUUUCUUAUUCUUUCCCAAUAGAAGAGCAAAUAGCAAAACAUAAUCCUAGAUGCAGAGUAUGUGAUGUUGAUUUUGAGUACGAUUGGGAUAUUUGGAUAUACAAAUGCGAGAAAUGUAUAUACUAUGCCCAUCUAGAUUGUGCAACAUCAAGAAAAGAGCCAUUCAUGUCCAUCUUGUCUAUCGGUGGAGGUCCAACUGUUAAAAAUUUUAAAGAUGUUGACUAUCCCAAUCUUCUCCGUUUACCGUUUCCUGAUGAAACCUAUAACAUACCCAAAUGUUUAUUUUUAAAAAAACUUGGGCCUGCUGAUUAUGGUAAUCAUGAGGUAAGCGUACAACAUAUGAAUCAUCAACAUGAGUUGAUUUUAGUUGACACAGCUGGAAGCAUUGGGUCAACCUCCUCAAAGAUCAAUGAUAUGAUCAUGUGUCAUAACCCAAUGAAAAAGAUAGAAUUAUUAUGCAGCGGAUGUGUGAGACCAAUCAUGGAGAUGCCGUUCUACAAGUGUCGGGCCAAAGAAGAUGAGAGCUGCAACUUUGCUCUUCAUGAAUGGUGUACUCGGCGGCUGCCAACAAAAGUAGACAACCACCCAGGUCACCCACGACAUCCCCUCCUUCUAAUGACAAACAUCCCCAAUAUGUUUAACAUAUUUCGUUGUGGAGUUUGCCUCUUAGAUUGCAAUGGCUUUGCUUAUGGUUGUGUCGAAUGUGAAUUUUACGUUGACGUUACCUGUGGGUUUAUGCCUGAAAGAAUCACACAUGAAUCUCACCCAAAUCAUCUUCUAUCAAUAGUUAAGGAGGGUCAGCCCAGUGGAAGCUGUCUUAUGUGUCGCUUAUAUGUUUCACCAUAUACGUUGAAUUUCAGUUGCAGCUUUUGUGAUGUGUAUAUACAUCCGUGGUGUGCUUUGUUAUUGCCUAAGACAAUUAGGCACCCUUAUGACAAACAUCCAAUGCACAUCAGCUACCUCCCGAUUGAGAAUCACAAGAGUGAAUAUUUUUGUGAAAUUUGUGAGGAAGAAUUGGAUCCUCAUAAAUGUUUCUAUCAUUGUGAUGAGUGUAGUCAAUCGGUGCAUUCUGAUUGUGCUCCUUUAAUACUUCAGUCUGAAACAGAAACCAAUUCCAGAUAUUACAAAGGAAGAGGUGUCUAUGACUUUUUAAAUAUGAAGUUUGGGAGCAUUCAUAAGAAGACUGAUGGUCACCCACAUCCGCUAACAUUUGCCCAAGGGAUUGAGAGUGAUGGUCUAUGCAGUGUGUGUCAACGGAGAUUGCGGUUCGAGAUGAUACUUAGGUGUUCCGAGUGUGAGUUUGCAGUUCAUCGCCAUUGUUUGAAAAACUUGAACAGGUCAUGAAGGUGUGUAUG